AUGUUGAAAUUUUUAACAUUCUUUAAUUACCUAAGGACGGCGAUAAAAUUAAAUUUAUUGCGUUUCCUAAUUGUAGCAUCCUACUACGAAUAUUGUUGCAACAACAACAACAACAACAACAAUGACGUCAUUGAUGACGUCAAAAACAGCAACAACAAAACUAGCCGUGGCAAAUAUAACAGCAAUAAAGAUAUCAGAAAUAAAAUCAUUAAAAAAUUUCGUGACAUCAAUCGUUACCAUCCCCGCAACAACUUGGUUCGUAAAAUUCGACACAACAAAUAUGACAACAACAACAACAACAACGACAACAACGAAGACAACAACGACGACAAUAACAACAACAACGACAAUAAUAGCAAUGACAGUAAUAAUAAUGAUAAUAUAAUUAACACCAGUUACAAUAAUAAAAAUCAGAGAGAUAUAUUCAUGACAAAAUCUCUCGACGAUGACUUCAGUACAAACAACAUCAACAACAACAAACUUUUAGAAAGCAACCAUCAACAGCAUCAACAACAACAACAACAACAAAAUCAUCCAUUCCGUAAUUAUUUAGAUCAACAACAACAUCAAAAACAGCAGCGGCAACCGCAAAGACAGCAACCGCACCACUUCAAACCACAGCCGCAUCAACAACUUCAACUACAAUCUCAUCAACAACAACAACAACAGCAGCAGCAAAUACACACUCAACAACAACAACAACAACAAUCAGAUAUACAAACACACACACAUUCACAAGUACUACAUACACACUACCACCACCAGCAACAACAACAACAACAACAUCCACAUUUCCAACAACAACAGCGGCAGCAGAAGCAGCAGCAGCAGCAACAACAAUACACAAGCACACAGAUCCACAUUCUGACAAGGGGCCAACGAUUAAUAUUCAGAUCCGGCGAUAACACCGACUUACUAUGCGAGUUUCAUUACGAAUACUUCGAUUAUUUUAACAACCCGGCCAUAUGGACAAAGAGACAGAGGGACGAAGACAAUCAGAUCAACUCAAUGGGGAACCUCUUAGAACCUUUCCUCUCUACAGAUCGAUUUAAAGUCACUUUGAAGAACCAUGCACCGAGAUAUAUAUUUAGUUUGAACAUCAAAGGUACGAGUUUUUUUUAA